AGCAUAGCACAAUGUUUGACUUAACUGAUAAUUUUAACUCUCGGAUUUGAGGCUGGACUCACUGAAGAUGAGAAAAAUUAUCUGUAUCUUCGCAGUCGGUCAGCUGGUUUGACUGUCAGUGGAUGUGCGCAUGCGGUGUUUGUCUGCAUACUGGUCCAUUUGUUAAGAAGGAAACUUCUAAAACACAUCUGUCUGUUGGCAUACUGGGUAGAGGACAGAUGGGCAAACAGCUGGCUAUGGUUUUACUGCAAGUGUCCAGCCUCAUGCCAUCUAAUAUGAACACCUCGACUAAAAGACCUGAGACUUUAGGUGGCAUCUCCCUGGACCAGAGAUGGGUGUCUGCUGUGCUGUACACUCUCCUCCACAUGUGUAUGGCAGAAAAACUGGGUUCCGGAAAGGCUCUUCAACUGCUCAAUGAGUGCAUUCUGUUAGUCUGA